AUGUCUGACUUGAUAGACGACCCCGCGUUUUGGCUCCCUACCCAGAUUCUCGACGACGACGACCUACCCGCCAUGGACCUCGGUUUCAAAACCAACUCCAAGACCCACCACAAGAGCUUCGGGCUCGGCUUUGACGUUGAUGCUUCGAAAGCUCUGUUUCCGUUCGACUUUCCUUAUGGCGGGUACGGGGCUUUCGGAGUUUCGUCGGAUCUCAGCUCGCCGGUCGAGUCUGUGGUGGGCUCCAGCGAGACGGAGAGCGACGAGGAAGACUACCUCGCCGAGUUGACUCGCCAAAUGGCUCGCUCGACGUUCGAGAAGGAGUUGAAGCACUCUGACUCUGCUUUCGGCUCUGACAACUCAAAGAGCUGGGUCGUUUCCGGUUCGCCCCAAUCAACGCUGUGCCCAGCUGGGAGCGGCUGUGGCUGUGGGCUAGGCUCGAGCCGUGGAAGCCCAAACGCCCACUCGCCGCCGGCCACUUGGGAUCUGCUGCAUGCGGCUGCAGGGGAAGUAGCGAAGAUGCGCAUCGACCAGAGCAGAGGCCUCUUGGGACCUCCAAGAAAGCCCUCCCCACCAGUUCCCGCCGCCCCUCUGAGCAGCAACCCCAACAACCCAGAUGUUGGUUUUUACUUCCACCAGCCGUCGCUUUCCCACAAGCACUUGCAAGCCACACAGUUUCAGCGGUUGAGGCAGCAGCAAAUGUUGAAGGAACAGAACUCGGGGGUUUGGGCAGCGCAGCCUCGAUACCCACAGCAGCAGGCUCAGUCUCAGUCUCAGUCUCAGGCUCAGGCCCGCCCAAUGGUCCAGAGCAGAGUAAGAAGCAACGUUCUCAACACUCGGCCUCUGGGUUUGUCGCCAUCUGCAUGGCCUCCUCUGCAACAAGCCCAGCAGCAACAACAGUACCAGAAAAAUGGGUCUGGCAUGAGAGCUGUUUUCCUUGGAACCCAAAACGCUGGUGCCAAAAGGGAGUGCGCUGGAACUGGCGUCUUCUUACCUCGCCAAAUCGGCGCCCAAUCUGAAACGCGCAAGAAGACAGGUUGCUCGACAGUUCUCGUUCCAGCUAGAGUUGUGCAGGCACUGAAGCUGAACAUUGAUGAUAUGUGCGCACCUCAACCGCCCCACCUUCAGCGUCGUUUCAAUGCAAGCUACAACCCUGAAUAUGAUGUUGCUCUGAGGCUUCGAAGUAACAACAGCGCCAUUUCUCAGCAGAGACGCAAUGGUAUUAGGCCACAGCCGCCACAAGGCAAGGGGAAAGGAGAUUGA